CUAUUUCAGGUGAACUGAUUCCAAAAUGUCAUCCAUUAGGCAGCUUUGAACAAAUGGAAGCUAUACACGUAGCCGCAACGCCAGCAGAGUUAUACAACGCUGUCUUAGUAGACACGCCGCUGGCCCCAUUCUUUGUAGAUUGCAUCAGCGAACAGGAUUUGGACGAAAUGAACAUCGAAAUCAUCAGAAACACUUUGUACAAGGCCUACUUGGAAGCGUUCUGGACUUUUUGCAAGGCAAUCGGUGGAACCACGGCUGAUUCCAUGUGCGAAAUUUUGGCGUUCGAAGCUGAUAGACGAGCUAUCAUCAUUACGAUUAACUCUUUCGGUACGGAGCUUAGCAAGGACGAUAGAGCUAAAUUGUAUCCACGUUGCGGAAGACUGCAUCCCGAUGGGUUAGCUGCUCUGGCUAGAGCUGAGGAUUACGAGCAGGUCAAAGCUAUUGCCGAGUAUUAUGCUGAGUAUUCUAAGCUGUUUGAAGGCGCCGGAAACAAUCCCGGCGAUAAAACUUUGGAGGAUAAGUUCUUCGAGUACGAGGUGCGUCUCAACAUCAACGCUUUCAUGCAGCAGUUCCACUUUGGGGUGUUUUAUUCAUACUUGAAGCUCAAGGAGCAGGAGUGCAGGAAUAUUGUAUGGAUUUCCGAGUGCGUGGCUCAAAAACACAGAGCCAAGAUUGAUAAUUACAUCCCUAUUUUCUAAAUGUAUCGUUGUUUUAGCAAUUUGUCGCAUUCCAUUGGUUUUACAGCAGAUUUUUCUGUUGAAUAAGUCACAACGGGAG